AAUAAACCCAUAUGUUGAUGUGGUGUUAGCAAUAAUGGAUAUAAAACUAAAAUUUAAACAAUCACAAUAUAUAUUUAGGAGAUUUCUUUAAAAUUAAUCUAAACACUAACACCAUUUAAUAAUGGCACAAAAAAAUAAUGAAGACCCGCGUAUGAGUCACGUAACUAUUGAAGAGCCUAGGACAAGUAGAGGAAGAGGCAGUCGUAGAAGUGGUUCAAUUGACGAAAGCCGCCAAACGAAUACCGACUCCCGUUACAUUAAAAAAAGUACUGUCGAAAAAGAUCAUAUCACUUUGCCAAGAUUCUAUAGAUCAUAUUCAUGCCAGAAACACACAACUUCAAUCACAUGUCCGAAAACACAUCUUAUCCCAAAUGAUUCACUGAACACAGAAUUUAUCUUUUACAUGGGAGCUAUUAAAGAACUUCUGCCAGCUAUGAGUGUCUAUGGAGACCGGAUUAAAGUUCUUCCUUGGAUAAAAAAACUUGCUGCACCUGAAUACCAAACAAGUCGACUAAGAACAAAGAGAAAUAAGUAUUUACUUCACCUUACUCUGAUUAUGAUGACUGAUACUUUGUUUGGAAUAUUUCAAGAGCCUCCCUCUUAUGGAAAACUACAAGACAUUGGGUCAUUGAAAACUAAUGAAAAUUUGCCUUUGGCAAGGUGGGAGAGGGAUAUGUACUGGGAUGAACUUCUUAGAGAUCUCAAUGAUGAUGACAGCGUAAUGAGAUGCUGUUGUCACUCAAACUGCCGAGCGGAUGAACAAGAUGGAAAUACACAUCCAAUAGCUGGUGCGCUACUGGAUCAAGAAUUCAAUUUUUUUCUUUACUUGUCAAAGCCUCUGGUUUCACUCAUCCCUUGUUUAAGAGACAAAGCUAUUUGCGCCGUUUGGAUUCUAACCCUAGCCAAAGUCAGGACAUGUUCUUGUCUAACAAUGAAAGCUAUCAGGAACGAUUAUAUGCAGGCAUUGUUGGGAUAUAUUCAGGAUCUUCAAGUGGUUGGGCCGUUCAACAAAAUACCACCAGAAAAUGGAGAAACCCUGAGGCCACUUGCAGAGAUUGCUGAAAAUAAAACUGGAUUGGGGUUUUUGACUCAGAGUAUAACGAACCCUAGCUCAGAUGAGGCUCAGGAUUUUAUGCAGCAACAGCCCGUUCCACAAACAGGUGCAUUUUGUUACAUUGCUAUCACUGGUAAUGCAUCCCUGCCGAAGAACAUAGAUCAAUUUUAAACCGACCGAGAACCAAUCAUAAACCAUAUGUUAAACGUUAAAAGUUUUUAUUUUUUUAAAUACAAAAGAUUGUUACAUCGA